AUGGCUGGUUACAUUAAACCUGUUGAUAGCUCCAAGGAUGAAAUUACUUGUUCUAUCUGUCUGCAGAUAUUCACAUACCCGAUAACUCUUACUUGUAGCCAUAGUUUCUGCCUGAGAUGCAUUCAAGAUCACCUGAAGCACAAGACACCAGAUGACAAUUAUAUGUGUCCUGAAUGUCAUGUUGAAUUUGCUGAAAAGCCAAGGCUGCUUAAAAAUAGUAAACUGGCUGAAGAUGUUGAAAAAUUGUCGAAAUGCCAGGAAAGGAGAACUGUCUGUGACUACUGCUUUGAGGAAGAUGUACCGGCUGCAAUGAGCUGUAUCCAAUGUGAAACUUUCUUCUGCGUAACGCAUCUUCGCCCACACAGCGAGAAGCCAUCGUUAAAAGAUCAUGUUUUGGUUGACCCGACAGAAGCAAGAACUUUGCGAAAGUGUGUAGAACACAAAGAAACUCUCAAGCUCUAUUGCAAACAAGAUCGUGCAAGUAUUUGCAGUCUUUGUAGUAUUAUAGGGAAGCACAAGAAGCACUUGAUCUUGACCACAGAAGAAGCAAAAUGUGAAAUCCAGUUAUCUUUCACAGAAAAAUUGAAGGAGCUUAAUGAGAAGCGGACCAAAACAGAAGAAGCUGUUAAACGGCUUCGAGAACUGAAUUCCCAUGUAUUAGCAGCAUACUCUGGGUAUCUGGAAAAAGCCAUACAGCAUUAUAAAGGGAUUAAAGCACUUAUUGAAGAUGAUGAGCAGCUGACCUUGCAGUUCAUUGAAGCUGAACGACAGGCUGCCACUCUUUACAUUGAAGCUCAGGCGAAAGACUGGAUUGAAGAACUUGAUGACUUAACAAGAACUAUUGAGCAGAUAGAUACAAUUUUGAAUCAGAGUGACUCUUUCUUACUUCUAAAGGGAGCAAACUGCAAUGAAUAUCGCAUCAACUCCUUAUUGAAUAAGCAAAAACUCGUUAUCCAUGACACUGUGGUUGAUGAUGGCAAGCUUUCUUCUUUGAUUAAGUCAAUCAACAAGCUUUUCAACAGCUUGUCCAAGAAUGAUUCCUCAGUCAGGAAAGCACUACUGGCAUAUGCAACGACUGUUACUUUUGAUCCUGUGACUGCAAAUGAAAACCUUAUCCUUUCAGAAGAUCGAACAAUUGUACGCUACACUGAUGCAAUUGUAAAGGCUCCAUAUAGCCCCAAACGAUUUGAUGACACUUUAUAUGUGCUUGGUUCUCAAGGAUAUACAUUUGGCAACCAUUACUGGGAGGUGGUGGUGAAGAGUAAGUCUGAUUGGGAGAUCGGGGUUGCUUAUUCGUCCAUACCUAGGAAAGGCAAAUGUUGGUUGGAAGUACCUCAUUUGUCUUUCUAUCCAGGAUUUAAUGUCUUGGUGAAGGACAGCCCCUACCUCGAUGCUUGUCAGACUGAUGACCACGUUAAAGGCUUGGUUCGUUUGGAAUUGCAAGCAUUUUAA